UGGGUAUACAUUUCAGAGAAAAACAUUUGUAACAUCACUAGUGGUGAUGGUAUUGAAAGUGGCCCAAAAGAGGGGAUUGGUCUUCCCAAAAUUUUAUCUGAGUUCCCUAUGAAACCCAGACUGGAAACUUUGUUUCUUGUGAGGACAAGUUUACUUUGAACAUUUGCGAUGGCAUGCCUAAAAUCAUAUAUACUUGGCUAUUUAAAGAGUUAAUAUUGGUAAAUGUUAUUUUCUAUGGAUUUUGCGUGGCCAAUAUGCAUAAGUGAGCAGAUGCCAGUAUUGAUUCUAUGGCAGCCACACUUGCAAGAAAUUUUUGUGAAAUUAGUUUUGGCCUGGUUUUUGCUGUGGUUCAAUUAGAAAAGUUUUUCAUAAAUGGCAAGACAACUUUCUUAAUUUGAUCGCAACUUGGAUUGAAAAAGUGUGUCAUUCUAAAUUGAGAUCAGGGCUGCCAAAAAGUUUCCAACCCUGUUUACACUGUCCUGUUUAAAAAUGGAACCACAUCGGUACCAAAUUUGUUCACUUUCAUAGUGGGGUCAAAGCUGUGCAGAGCCAAAUCGUCUCUGUUCCACAACAGUUUUGUCACAGUUCCAAACUUAGAAGGAACAGUGUAAACAGAAUCUCUGUAGGCCUUGGACAAAACCCAGAUCUCGUCAAAAAAUGCCAUGAAAUCCAGACCGAUGCAGAUGUGUGUGCAGGCAAUUUAUUGCAACAAAGUUUUCAGUCUGUUACGAAACAUCAAAAUGGCCAUACAAUUCAGAAUGUAGUUGAUAGAAGACCGUAAAUUUGCCUUAAGUACCUUUCAACUUCCCAGGGUCUGAGAAUUUUAUUCUUGUUUUAAGGAACAUUGACAAGAAAUUGUCAGCAAAAAUUGACAUUAAUAAAUUGGAUGAUUUUUCAACUAAGGAAAUAUGGGUCAUUUACCAAGAGCUGGUUUAAAAACAGGCAAUUGUGCAUCUAAUUCCUUGAAAAUAUGUUACCAUCACGAGUUGAAGUUUGGAGCAGCAUCUGAAAAGAGAUUCAAGAGCUGUUGUAACUUAGAAUUGGUAUUGGAAUUGGCCAAAAAGCUAGCUGCAACAGGCAUUCUCUGUGUACCUGGUAUGCUGGUAUGGUAUGUCAGAGUGGUUGCUGGGAGGAUGAAAAAAAAGAUAUUUGAAAAGGCCAAACCCAUUAAUUUUUCAGGGAACACCUUUGCACUAGAGCUAAAUAGCAAAGCAAUAUAUCCUUGUUUCAUGCAUUGUAUGUUUCUGUCUCUGUUAACCAAGCUGAUAGAAAGCACAUGGAUUUAAAACACUUGUUUGUGCCAAUGUUUUGGUUACCAAUGUUUAUACAAAAAUGUUUGACAAUGUUUCAUGGAUGUUUUAUUCAUUUGGCCGGGCCUUUAAGGAUUUAAACAUGGCUCUUCAGAUGAAUCAGUGGUGCAAAUAGAAGAUGGAUGGUUGUGUCUCACAAACUCCAACUUUGCGACUGACCAUUUCUGAAGAAAAUCUUGGUGAUGAGGACUUGUACGCAUCAAUGCUAAAUAUCAAGUGAAAGAGUGAAGGUCUAUUCCCGAAGAAAAACAGGCAUUUCAGAUGUAAGCCAAGAAAUUAACAUUGAAGUAAAUGGAUAAUCAGUUACUUUGCGUAAGUGUUUCUUCGAGUUGAUUUACUAUUUUUUUUAAAUUUUACAACACUAAUGAAGAGGACAGUCAAAACGUUUUGAUCAUCUGUUUGAUAUGUUGGAAAAUUUUAAAGUCAAGAGCUUUAUAGUUAUUUAUUUAUUCAUGUAUUUUUUUUAAUUCCUUGUGACGUUUGUACUGUCCAUUGUCUCACAGUUUUUUCUCAUGUAUUUGGGGAUGCAUGCUAUUCAACUAUAUUGAUAAAUAAGGUAUGUUGGUAAUAUCUUUGCAGAAAAAUGUGACUGUAAAAGACUUCCUUUAUAUGAAAUUAGUUAAAGCCUUAACGGGUUUUCCAAAAAGUCAGAAGGCAAAAGGUUACUCAAUUAGAAUAAUAGGACCACUCACCUCUGAAUAUAAGAAGAAACUAGCUUUAUCAAAUAGUGUCAAGGACAAUGCAAAUCAAGGAAGAAUCUUUCAGUAUGACAAGGAAUGAUUUGAUUUGCGAGAUGUUAUACAACUUUUGAAAAAUAAAUUGACAAUGCUUCAAAAAGAGUGGAUGUGAAAAUUCUUUAUCUACUGUGAUUUACUCUACACCCAUUGUCUGCUGGAAUAGUUCCAGGUCAAUUUUUUAGUAAACUUUCAUUUCCUUUGAUUUUUAUAAGUAUAGACAACUUCACUUGAUGUAACUUUUUCCCCAUCAAUGUUGCAAAGCAGAAAUUUUAAGCUGGAUGGCCUAUCCUGUCGUUUUACCUAAUGAAGCAUGUAGCUCUCUAGAACCCAACUGCAGUGCGAUUAUUUACUGCAAUUUUAUUAAUAGGUGUCUUUAAUAGCUAGAUUGGAAAGCAGCACUUUGGUUGAAUUUGGGGGUAGGACGUGGCUUAAUAUAGCAGGUGGGGAAGCCCUGAAAGAACCACUUUCUCUUGUACAGGCUCCAUAGUUGUGCCAAGCAAUUCAAAUGCAGCGAACCCGAAAUCUAGAUAAGCUGCUUUAGCAACCGCAAGAUGGAGUGGAAAUAAAACCUUGGCUGUACAAGGAAUUUACUUCUUAUACUGGUCUUGGAAUGAAACGCAAAGAAUCAAUUUGAUAUUGCUACAAGGGGCGACUGAGUGUGAGAAACUAACGUUUGCUAUCUAGUUCUUGCUUCUUCGGCUUCUCACUCGUUAGAUGAGUUAUCUUUGUUUUUCUGGCUGGUAAAGAUUGAUUGCACUGUACACCAGUACUGUCUUCACCGCUAUCGCAGUAAUAACCCUAUUUGCCUGAUUUUGUUUCACCGAAGCACCAUCAGAAAUGUCGAUUUUGAAAUUCAUCUAGAUUUCUGUCUACACCUCGUUUUUGUUGCCAGUCAGAGCCCAGAUGUGUAAUCUUUCUUUUUCACAGUUCUGUCUGAUUCUCAGCUGAACAUCUUUAUCAAUAUCCAUCGACUGAUGAGCCGUGGAAAAGACAAGUCCUUCAAAUGUAGCCGUGUCAAUUCACAAUCGCUUUUUCACCAAAGAUUGAAGUAUCUUACCAUUGAAGAUCCAAGUAGUUUCCUAACAAAGACCCAAAUAAGAGGUAAUGUUCCAUAUUGCUUAAUUACCUCAAAUUAUUGAUUUUUUCUUUUAAUUUCCGUCCAUUUUCAUAUAAAGUAACAUUAUGUACCUCUCAUUUGAACUGUUGUGAGCACUUUGUGAUCUUUGGCGACUUUGAAGAAUUUCCCAUGAUUCCAUGUUGUCAUCAUGGUUUCCUAACAUAUUUGCAAACGACGUGGCUUAAGAAAUAAUUGAGGGAGCAUUGGUUGUGUUCCUUUGCUAUUUUAUCGUUCAAACCUUGAAAUUGUGAUUAUAUGCGUGUGACAUGUUGGAUUAAAACAGACUAAACUCAAGCUACUACAUGAAAAAUUUCUUUGUUCCACACAAAAAUGCUGGUUUUAGUUCAACUCGCUGUAGGAGAACAUUUGAUAUUUAAGCAGUACCCUUAGUGGCGCCGAGAUACAGUACAGUAGCCCCCUCGCACCCUCGUCAUCUUAGUGGGCCUAACGAUAAUAACCUUUGCAAUAGUUGAAAAGUUUAUUUUUGGGCUGUAAACCAGGGCGAAGAGUUUCUAUCGCAACAGGGUGAACCAAUUCCUUUAGGAAUAUUUAUUUUUAGACCAGGAAUGAUGAAGUUCUCUUUUUGCUUGAAGUGUACCAAAGUCAGAGAAAAUAAUGAUUUUGAUAAUGAUCUAGAGUGCACAAACUGAUAUGUUGGAACAGAUCACUAUGUGCAGUGUUGAAGCCUUUGAAGUUCACAACAUCAAACGGGCCAGCUCACGUCUAUGGUCUGUUGCACGUGAGAAGUGAGCUGCUAUUACAUGGAAGUAUGCCAGGCCGGCAAGUGAGCUGGCUCGCUUUGGUGUAAGCGGGCUGGCUCGCCAAACGGGCUGACUCGUUUCCAUGUAAUCGCAUCAAGCCGAGCCACCCUGGCAAACGGGCUGAAAAACACACUGGAGCAUGCACAGUUUCUUUUCAUCGAUGUGUCACAAGAAUCAAAAUGGCCGACAAAGUCAGUAAAUCUGCUGCUGCUGCUGCUGCUACAAAACCUAACGAAAAAGCCUCGGAAGAUGAGUCUGUGUCAACAGCAGCAAAGUUUAAAUGGAAUAAUGAAAUGGUUAGAGAAUUGCUCGAAAGCUUGAAGGAGUUUAAAGCGACGAUGGAAUUCAAAAAUUUCGAUUUUAACGCCGACAAACCAGGCAAUACGAAGAUAUGAGGAGAAUUUUGAGCAGAAAUUUGUUUUGUUUUACUUCCACCACGAUGAUGCCGCUUCAUUUUACUUCUACAUUUCCCGCCUUUUCGCAUGCAAUGCGCAGAACUGUAAUGCGCAGGCAAAUACAGCCGAGCUGGCCCGCUUGCUGAGACAGCUCUUUUUACAUAUAAUACCAACGUAAAUUCCGUCUCGGUAAACGAGCCAGCCCGCUUACCGGGCCAGCCCACUUCCAUAUAAUCAGGUCCUUAGAAGUACAAAAACUUUACAUGAGAUCAUUUGUUAUGUCACUGGGAGCUCUUCUUGCUAUUUAUCUGUGGCAUCCAAUCAAGAAAUGGGUGUCUAAUCGUCGAAAAGACUCAUUUCUACCCUAUCUUCAAAGAGGAUUUCUGAGCAGUUGAAGUGAUCAGUACUAUGGCCUCUCAACUUUUUGGUUAUCCUAACGCUGUUUUUCUCAUAGAGAAUUUCCUAUAAAAAAUGAUUGUAUGUAAUAACGAGAGUAUUUGCCAUCUGAAUAGAAUUUAAUAGAAGCUAUUUUUUUUUAAAUUUUGAGUUUGUAUAUUGGAAAAUCGACGCAGCCUCUAAAUUCAUACAAUGAUCGCCAUUUAGUCGAUAGGCGCGAGAGACAGGACCAUACACGAGGGCUGCAAAGAUAUGGGGCUAAGGCCCAGUCCACAAUUGUUUCCAUUACGUCAAACGCAUUAUUAUUUGUAUAGCAUCCGAAGGUUAUGUAUAGCAUUAGAACACUGAGAAGCUUAUGCUUAUCGAGCAGUGUCCUGGUCCUUCCUCUCGAUGUGACCACACCUCGUGAUUUCUACGCCUGGAAUUACAGAGAGCUGGCGACUCUCCUCACUCUGGGUGAAAGUUUGGUCAUGCCAGGGACUCGAACCGCGGACCUUUGAGUCGGUACAGAAAUUAUUUAGGAUUAAUCAUAAAGGGCAGUUGCAGAUACUUUAUUUCAAACUGCAGUUGCUCAUUGCAUUUCGAAUUAUUUUAUGCUGAAUAAUCAUCAUUUGCUCUUCCAUUUUGACACCCCGUGUUGCUACUAAAAGAUUCAUUACUCAAAAAUUUAUUUGAAGGUGAAAGAAAGUUUUUUAUUAUUUGGGAACACUGCUCGCAGAAUUAAAAUUUCUAAAUCAUAAAAUCAGUUAUGAAUCUUUUUUUAAUAGGUUGAAUCAUUCUGUUUUGUGCAGAAGCUAAAAUUACAGAAAGUGUCCUCCAAGCUUAACCUUAAAACUGACACUGUGAUCGACUUUAAAACGAUUGAAUCACACAGUGACUUUUCGUCUAUCACCGGUGUCUAUUGACGCGAUAAAAAGCACUUGAAUUUCCUGGUAGGUGAUGAGAAAAUGUUCCAUAGUUAAGAUAAUAACAAAAUAAAACACUUUGUAUUUGGCUGAUGUUUGAGAUCUUUUUCAAAUAAGGUACCAAAGUUUGGUUUUUCUUCCCUAUGUUUACAAAUACUUGAAUGAAAUUUACAAUAAAUGAUUUUUCACCUGUGCCCGUGAAAUCACAAGUGUGCAUUAAAUCCACGAUCCCGUUGGAAGCUCCCAUAGUAAGAUCUCAAGGGUUUCCAACACAAUAGUCAAAAAGCUAUAUCCGAAGGAGAAUCAGCGGGAGGUGGAUUCCAUGUUCUCGGGUACUGUUUUCUGGGACAUUUUUUCUGAUUAUUUUGAAGUGAGAAUUCGCCACUGGCAGGCAAGCGGAUGCAAUUUCCCAAUCAAAGGAAAAUCUGUAGAUUGCUGAAUCGAUCUGUGUCAAGCGAUUUGAAAAUGGCAUAUGGCAAGUGAAUUUCAUGUCUUCUUGUCCAUUUAAACGGGAAAAAGAGCAACAGAAAUGUCACUUACAGAAGAUGCGGCACCUGAGAAUGACCGCACUACUGAGCUUUUAUCUGACGGCGCCAAAGAUAAUGUGGAAGAACUUCUGCAAACAUGGUCCGCAUAUUCAGCCACUUUGCCAUCAAACGAUGCGACUUUGCUUGGAAUCGCAGUCGAGAUAUGCAAGAUCUUAUCAAGGCGGAACAGCUUUAAUGCUUUAGAAGUCUUCCUAGAAAGAUUGCCGAAAAUUUCUGAAUACGAUAGAAAUGAAGACAUUCUUCGCUCUAAAGUUGCACUUGCUGUACGCAAGCGACAGUCCAGGGUUGUCGUCGAAAUCAUCAAGAACAAUGACUUCGAAGAUGGCGAAGACCUGAUAAAGGCCUGGGACGAGGCUCAUUAUAUUAUGGAAGAAGACAGGCUUCAAAAACCUUUAACACCACUUGCGCGAUUCAGGGUGAGAAAGAGACACCCUCCACCGCAGACAAUUUGCCCAACUGGAGUUAGAAAAAUGGCUUCAUUGCCAAAAGGAGCCACAAGGGUUCUGAAGCAAUGGCUGAUGGAGCAUUAUCACGACCCAUAUCCGACCGGUGAGGAAAAAGUAGCUCUUGCAAAGUUAUCUGGGCUAUCGUCCAAUCAGGUGAAGACGUGGUUUGCUAAUGCAAGAAGACGCAUCCACAAAGGUGGUGGCUCUCUACCUGGUAAAGGAAGCCACAGUGCCUUUGAGAUUAAGGAUCACGGAAGAAAGCCGUUGAUGAAUCGGAGCGAUGCCCUUGAUUCGUAUGCAAGUUUGAACUUACCUUCAGAUGCAAGCUCUGCGUUCUCAAACUGUUUACAGUCACGAUUUGAGCACACUUGCGACGUCACUGAUCAUGCAAAGAUGACAAAUUUUAGUUACCGUUGCUUGCACUCAGUGUUUAAUUCCCAUGCAUGUUUGCAUUGCAAAGGAAUGCCUCAAGUCACCCCGAAUUAUGACGAAUACGGAUUAGCUGACAGGUAUACACCACAUACCACUAACUCUGGCAUUAAUCUCCCAGUCUACCCAACACCUGGAUAUUCAUUCCCACGAUGGCCUUACUACGCACCUGUUCAAUACAGACACGAAGAUUUUGACCCUUGGUACCGAGGCCAAAGCAACCAGAGCGAUUUCCACACGCACUACCAAGAUUUUGACCCAACAACGAUGCCUGUUGAAAGAAUCGGGUCACUGGAUAACACCACGUUGAUUGAUUCGUGCCUUCAGAACAGCAAUAAUGAUCAUGGCAAGACCCACAGUAUCGAGAUAGGCAAAGAUGAGUUGACAGACGUCGGCGCUGCUCGAAUAUUGGCCGAUCUCUCCACUAAACCAAAUUUCAGCCUUCAGUACGAUGACACGGAUAAUAUCAUAUCUCAUGGGAAUCAUAUAUAGAGAGGAUCAAGCCAAGGGCAAUCCUAAGAUGACGAAGAAAUAAGAGAUAAUCAUGAUUUUAAAUGGCAAUGAACCGUUUUCGAUUCUUUAAGAAUUCAAUAACUGUUAAGUGAUUUUGAUAUUUUUUAUCCCUUGUAAUGACUGUGGAUUCAAUCCGUUUUGCCAAGCAAAAAAAGAUUUUUGACUUCAUGGUGAUGUCAACUUAUUUGUUGUUUUUGUUGUUGAGAUUCAGAAUUCGUAUGUACUAGAAUUUGUUUUGACGCUAUAAAAAUAAAUAUUUGUGUUUUGAAAGUUUUUUAGAAAACGGUUAUUAUUUAGCUGAGAAACGUUAGCGGAGUUUGAAUUUGUCCUUUGAAGUUUAUUUUAGUUUCUUAUCCUUCCAUUUUUUUUCUUAUAUUCUUCGAAAUAGCAAGAAAAGCAGAAGCUUUUUAACAAGACAUCCAUAAGUUUCGUAGUGUCUUAUUCAAAAUGGCAAGAGACAGCAGAAUAGGGCAUUCUAAAAUACUUUUUAUACGAUGCUUCUCAGGGUAAAAACAUUAGAUAAUUACCAAAAGGUUAAAAAAGGUUCAUUUCAACAUUUCAAUGUCUGAGAAAUUUCUAAUGAAAAAUGCUUUACUAUGUUAUAAUUGCACUUUUCUGUGCUAUUUUAAGUUUUGCAGUACAAGAAACUUCUCACCCCACUGCUUCUAAAGGGCUAAAAGGGUGUUUUGAAACAAGUCCAUAGUACUAUAGGCCUUAUUUUCAUUUUUUAUUGUUUAAUGCUUACACUUCUAUGGAAUUCCGUUGUAUUAUUGAUUGUUACCUAUCACUUUUGAUAUUUUUGUUAUUCAACAUCUCUAUCUUGAUAUUUUGUUUCCAGCAGUUACGUCACUGAACUAACAGACUGUUAGAAAAAGCUGUGUAAAUUGGUCAUACACUAAAAGAAAGCAAUGUAAUCCUAUAUGUGUAUAAGUGAUUGUGGAUAUGAAUUGCCUGUCAAAAACA